AUGUCUAAUCGACAUCAUAAGAGUACUCAUGUUCUUGAUGAAGAACAGAUGAGAGAUGCCAUGAAGGUGCUAAGAAAGUAUUGUGCUACUAAAUAUCGAAAUUCUAUUAUACGCAGUCAGAAUGAUCUUGAUGCUAUCUUGACACCUAGAAGUCCAGCUGCAAUUCUUCGGAAGUCAACUUAUAGCUUCAGUCGAUUACCAACGUUUGAUAAAGAUAAACACAUGUAUACACCGUCGCAGGACAUCAAAGGAGAGUUUACAGUUGACUUUCGCGAUCCGUCUUUUUUUAAUUUGGAUAAUGCUGAAGAAGAAGAGAGAAAAUGGGAUGGAUGGAAUGUAUGUAAAUCAAUAAUAUACUAUUUAGGAAACAAGCAUAUCUUUUUCAUCUUAUUCUUCAUUAUUUUCAUUCUGUUCGGAGGACUCUUGUUUAUGCUCAUUGAACGUCCUGUUCAUCAAGAGUUGGGAGAUUUACAGAAGAAUAGGGAAUCGAAUCGUAUGAGAAAUUUCACAGAAAAUAUUUUGGUGGAGCCUUUCAUGGAGAACUGCUUCUUACAAGGAAAUGUAUCCAAAAAUGAAAGCAGAAAAGAAAUUGCUGAUUGCAUAGAAUCAUUCAUGGUUCAUCUGAAGCUAUAUGAGAAGAUGAUUGAAGAAGACAGAGUUAAUAUGAAUAACUGGGAAUGGUCAUAUGCCAAUUCGGUAUUCUAUACCGUAACCCUCAUAGCAACUAUUGGAUAUGGAAAUAUAACUUGUAAAUCCUUCUUGGGAAAAGUUGUUACCCUUUGCUAUGGUCUAAUUGGUAUUCCAUUGACGUUAACAACCAUGAACAUAGUUGGAAAAGCAUUGUUACGAUUGCUACUAGGCAUUUGGAAAUCAAUUAAAUCUAAAUGGAAAAAGAAAAUUCAUCACUCUCAUGAUAUUACCGAAAGUAAUCAAGACGGCGACGAAUCGGAAUAUGAUGACGAAAACAUCUUUGAGAUAUUUCCUUUGUGGCUCUCUUUGCUUAUAGCAUUUCUCUUCAUCAUAUGCUAUUCUGCCACAUUUUCCUAUCUUGAAAAAUGGGAUUUCUUCACAUCUGUCUAUUUUACGGUUAUUUCUUUCACUACUGUAGGUUUUGGUGAUGUAGUGCCAUCAAAUCUCGGAAAUGCACUAAUUCUAUUAUGUUUCUAUUUCCCUGGGUUCUGUAUGGGAUCUCUGUUCAUUGCCAUCAUACAGAUGGUUAUCGAAAAUCACUAUAUGCUGGCAUUACAAUUGAUUGACCAACAGCAAGAGAUGAUGGAGCCAGCUAAUGAGUUUGUAAACAAUGUAAAUACUCAUCCAGAAGUAGAUGUCAAAGAAAGAAAGUUUGAUCUAUGGGAUAACAUCAAUUGGAGAGGUCAUGAUGAGAGUCGGGAAUCCACUCCUUAUCCAAAUGGUAAACGGAGAAGUACAGUAUUGAUUUCUCCGGAUGGACAUGAGACGGUAUUCAAUACUCCACCCGUAUUGAGCGUCUUUCUCAAUGGUAUGAUGAAUGUACAAAGGAAUUCAUCUAUUACUCGAUCCGAAAGUAUACUAAGUCGCAAUUACUUCAGGUCAUCAUCAGCUAAUCCUCAAUCACCUUCCAGUUGUGAGAUGCUUCCAUCUAAUCGAAAUUCACGAAAUUUCAAUUUUCCUCCAGUCGAAACACCAAAUACCAAGACAGCUCUGUCUCCUAGUGGCGCCUUAUCGGUUAUCAAUGAGUAUACUGACGAAGAUACAUACCUUACAAUUAAAAACAGUUUAAACGUUCGGCAAGAUACAUCCGGUAGUGAAGCAGUUGAUAAUGAAAGAUCAGAAAAAUCAGAAGAGGAAAUCAAGCUUAUCAAUUGA